UCAUGCAUCGGCAGAUUGAGGCGCUCCUCCCGUGCACAAACAGUGUGGACGUCACGUAACCGCUCCGUUCUGGAGGAAGCGGCGCUGGGACCGCCACGGCCACGUGACGCAGCUCUUUCGUUUGAACUUCGGCUGGCGGGCGAUCCCGAGCCAGCCCCCACCUGGAUGAUUCACGGCCAACCCUGCAGCCGAAGGCCUGAGCGAUGCAGCUGAAGAUUUCAAGGUUCUUACCUUGCUCGGAAGAGGCUCAUUUGCAUGUGUGUAUAGAGCGAAAUCUACCAACACGGGGUUGGAGGUGGCAAUCAAAAUGAUCGAUAAGAAGGCGAUGCACAAGGCCGGCAUGGUCCAGCGGGUCAGCAACGAGGUGGAGAUCCAGUGUCGCCUGAAGCACCCGUCGAUAUUGGAGCUGUAUAACUACUUUGAGGACAGUAACUACGUGUACCUGGUCCUGGAGAUGUGUCACAAUGGGGAGAUGAGCCGGUACCUGAAGGACAGGAAGAAGCCCUUCACAGAGGACGAAGCACGCCACUUCAUGCACCAGAUAGUGAAGGGCAUGCUGUACCUGCACACGCACGGCAUCAUGCACCGGGACCUGACGCUGUCCAACCUGCUGCUCACCAGCAGCAUGAACGUGAAGAUCGCCGACUUCGGCCUGGCCACCCAGCUGAAGCUGCCCAGCGAGAAGCACUUCACCAUGUGCGGCACGCCCAACUACAUCUCGCCCGAGGUGGCCACGCACAGCGCCCACGGCCUGGAGUCGGACGUGUGGGCGCUGGGCUGCAUGUUCUACGCCUUCCUGACGGGCCGGCCGCCCUUCGACACGGACACGGUGAAGAACACGCUCAGCCGCGUGGUGCUGGGCGAGUACGAGAUGCCCGCGCACGCGUCCCGCCACGCCCAGGACCUCAUCCACCAGCUGCUGCGCCGCAACCCCGCCGACCGGCCCAGCCUGGCCGCCGUGCUCGACCACCCCUUCAUGACCAACCGCGGCGGGGGCGGGGCCCGGGACGGGCCGGCGUCGGCCGCGUCGGAGGGCUCCAUGGACAGCGGCAUCGCCACCAUCGCCACGGCCUCCAGCAGCGGGGGCAGCCGGCUCUACCAGAGGGCCCGGCACGUGGUGGGGCCCACCCUGCCCAACCGCCUGGCCCCCGUCCCGGCCGAGCCCCGGCGGCCCUGCGACUCGGGGUGCGAGGGCGGGGGGGAGCGCUGGCCCCGCACCAACAGCCUGCCCAGGGGGGGCCGCGGGAGGGCGUCCCAGAGGGGGGCGGACGAGGAGAGGCCCCACUCCCGAUACCUGAGGAAGGCCCACUCCUCUGUCUCGCCCAACUCCUCGGGCGUGAUGCCGCAGGACGUCCUGCAGGGGGCGCUGGAGAGGUGCCGCUCUGUGGAGGUGCUGGCUGAUUCGGGGAGGCCGGCCUUUCUCCCGGCCCCCAGCUACACAGACCCCCCGCGGGACCAGGGUUCCCCCCCACGCACCAAAACCGCGCACUCUGGAUCCUUCCUCCCCACUCACCCGUCCCUGCAGUUCAGCAAGCAGACAGAGCCGGAGGGAGUCUCACGCUGGUUUAGUAAAGAAGGACCAACCAGAGGACCCGCAGACACGAGCGCCCAUAGCAACAGUGGCAGUUUCCAUGGCACCCGGGAGCCCUUGGUAGCGCAUAACUCUUGGGGUGACAACCAGAGGAGCGGGGGUGGGAACCCCGCCCACAGCGUCCCCCAGACCGUCUCCAGGGCCUACAAGGAGAAUGCGGGAGGAGCCAUCGAGAGCCACGCCCCUUUCCCUGAACGCGGCCUCCCCUCCUCUAAAGACCAGCCGCGGGGCGCCCCAGAGAAACGGCCCUACAAGAACACGCUCCCCGCCCUGUGUGCUGUCCGCCUGAAGCCCAUCAGACAGAAGACCAAAAACGCUGUGGUGAGCAUUCUGGAGACGGGGGAGGUGUGCAUGGAGAUGCUGAAGGGCCACGGGUCUCAGGAGCGGGUCAGAGAGGUGCUCCGGAUAUCGUGCGAUGGGUCAGCGGUCACCAUCUAUCAGCCGAACGAGGGCAUGGGCUUCCCCCUGCAGGACCGCCCCCCCACCCCUCCUGAAGACCUCUUCAUCUGCAGUCGUGAGGAUUUGCCAGAGAAGUACUGGAAGAAGUACCAUUAUGCCUCGAAGUUUGUGCAGCUGGUUAAAUCGAAGACCCCGAAAGUUACGCUUUACACAAAGCAUGGCAAGUGUGUUCUGAUGGAGAACUCGCCCAACGCUGACCUGGAGGUGUCCUUCUACGACGGUGCGAAGACGCACAGGACGGCGGAGCUGGUGCGUGUGGUGGAGAGCUCAGGGAAGUCCUACACAGUGAAGGGGGAGGUGGGGCUAAACGGCCUCAGCCCCACCAGCAGGGCCUACAUGGAGCUCACCGAUGAGGGCCACCACAUGUGUCUGGCCAUCGAAGCCGCCAUCGCCUCAGAGGAGCAGCGGACGGGCUCCUCCACGCCGUUCUUCCCCAUCACCAUCGGCAGGAGGCCGCCCAAGGCUGACUCCCCCAGCCCGUCUUCCCAGAACGCACCGGGGUGGAGACCUCCCGCCGUUUCUGACGUAGGGCAGGUCUGCUCUUCCCCCCCUACCCAGUCCCCCCACAUCACUCCCUCGAUGAUUUCCUACGACGGGUCAGACUUCACCACUGCCAGCCUGAUGAAGAACACCUCCCCGUCUGCCCAGAAAGGGCACGCCUCCAGCACCGGCAAGGUGCUCAAGUCUGUGUUUGUGCCCAACAUCGGCUGGGCCUCGCAGCUGACCAGUGGGGAGGUCUGGGUGCAGUUCAAUGACGGGUCACAGCUGGUGGUACAGGCUGGAGUUUCCUCCAUUAUUUACACGUCACCCGACGGACGCACCACCAGUUACAAAGAGAACGAGAAACUUCCGGAACACGUGAAGGAGAAGCUGCACUGCCUGUCGUCCAUCCUGGGGCUGUUGGCCAGUCCUGCAGGGCGGCGCUAGCGAGCACUCUGUCCUCACACUCCCUCCUGUGGUGCCUUACAGACAGACCUGCGUUACCUGGGAAUAUGCCACUCUCCAAACUUAUCCCCAUUCCAGAGCGACAGACCCUUCUGCACUCACCACACUUAUCCCCAUUCCAGAGCGACAGGCCCUUCUGGAUACGCUGUGCGUGUAAAUACCUGUAAAAUGAAAUUUAAUGUAAAAGAAUAAUGUGAAAGAAUAUAUAUUUUUAACUUUUUUUCUUGUUGUGCCUCCUGUACGUGUCCCAGGAGAGCUUCCCCCGAAGGCAGCUUUACAUUUUGCGUCGUCGUCCUCGUUCAUGCCGUAGCCUCAAUGAAAUGUACGCUGUUGUUAAUGCAAAACAAAACAGAACAAAAAGUUUUAAAUAAAAGCACUGUGGGCUGGGUGGA